CAAUCAUAAAACGCGUGAUCGAAGCGUGACCUCUGGCAUUGAACCAAAAUGGCUGCUUAAGUAUGAACUCGGAGAUCGAUAACGUUUGUAGCUUGUUAUAAAUUAAAACGAUUUAAGGAAGUGGAGAUCUGAAGAUAGAGUGCAUUUUUAAACAGUGAUAUGAGUUCACAUAUUAAAAUGGCAGACCAAGUUGAAGACAUUUUGCCGACAGUGGCAGAAUAUUAUACGGGGCGAAAUGUAUUCAUUACUGGUGGAACAGGGUUUAUAGGAAAAGUUUUAAUUGAAAAACUAAUAAGGAGCUGUCCUAAAAUUGGAAAGUUAUUUAUUUUGAUUCGACCUAAACGCUCACAAGAUAUUCACCAAAGAAUGGAAGAUAUGUUAAAUGGUCCUAUUUUUGACAAGAUAAGAAAAGACCAGCCUAAAUUUAAAGAUCGGUUUGUGCCCAUAAACGGUGACAUGUGUGUGGAAGGGCUAGGUAUCAGCCCAUCAGACCGUGACAUGCUGGAGACCGAGACCCAAAUUGUGUUUCAUAGUGCUGCAACUGUCAGAUUUGAUGAACCUCUCCGGGUGGCAGUUCAGAUGAAUGUUCUUGGUGUGAGAAAGAUGGUUCAGCUCUGUAAAAACUUUAAGAAGCUGGAGGUUUUUGUCCAUGUAUCGACAGCAUAUGCCAAUUGUGAUAGGCCAUACAUAGAGGAGGUUGUCUACCCCACACCAGUAGAUCCACAAAAACUUAUAGAUUCCCUCGAGUGGAUGGAUGAUGAAAUGGUUGAGUUGAUCACCCAACAGCUCAUUGGAGGCAAACCAAACACAUACACAUACACAAAGCAGCUAGCAGAAGACCUAUUGAUCAAGGAGGGGGCAGGGCUUCCCCUUGCAAUCGUACGGCCAUCCAUAGUGGGCGCUGCAUGGAAAGAACCCAUACCUGGUUGGAUUGACAAUUACAAUGGUCCUAGUGGCCUAUACAUAGCAGUUGGUAAGGGAAUCCUGCGGUCGAUGAAGUGUGACUACCAGGGAGUUGCAGACAUCGUGCCUGUGGACAUCCCGGUGAACAUGUUGAUAACUGUGGCGUGGUACACUGCCCUUGCCAAACCAUCCAACAUCCUCAUCUGUCACUCUACCACCGGCUCAGUCAACCCAUUCACAUGGGGAGAAAUGGAGGAUGUUGUGAUGAACUUUUGGAAGAAAGUGCCUUUGGAUGCAUGCUUUAGAAGGCCCAGAAUCACCCUUACAAACAAUGGUUUCCUUCAUGAGUUUUAUGUGAUGGUAAGCCACCUGGUGCCAGCCUACCUGGCAGACAUGGGCUACUCUCUCCUUGGCAAGAAACCAAGAAUGGUGAAGAUUUACAACAAACUGCAUCGGUCCAUGAACACUCUGACCUACUUCACGGUCCAGUCAUGGGAGUGGACGUACAGCAACCUCGACAUGCUCGUCAGUCAGAUGUCUCCAGAGGACAGGAAGACGUUUUACUUUGACCCACGACCGCUGCACUGGCCCACGUACAUGGAGAAUUACUGCCUCGGAACAAAGAAGUUCCUCCUGAAUGAAGACCUGUCCGGGAUCCCUGCAGCACGCGCUCACCUAAAAAAGUUGCGAAACAUUCGAUACACCUUUAACACUAUACUGGCCAUAGUGUUGUGGAGAACUCUAGUUGCCCGCUCUCAGAUAGCACGAAACCUUUGGUUCUUCAUCAUGGGACUCGUGAUGAAGUUUGUCAAGUAUUUUAGAAUCACAAGCACCAUUCGCUGACCCAGGCAAACCUAGGGUGUUGUGUGUUGAUGCAGUCAUACAAGUUGAUGGGAUCAAAUAUUUCACAGAACAAGCACUUGAAUCUGAAUUGCUGUGGAAAUGAUUAUGUGAAGAGUGUGUUUUAUUAAUAGGCAUUCCACAUCAUGUGUUUUGCCAUAUUAAGUGAAUGUGUGGACACUUGAAGAAGAAUUGUUAAGAAGAUAGGAGAGUAUUUUGUUGUUCAUGAAAUUUUAUUUAUGAAGAAAUUUUUCGAUUUCCCUUUUUAUGAUCAUUGUAAAAUAACAUACAUUACUCCACAAUUGUGUUUCAUAACAUUAAGAAUUUUUAAAAAAUGUCAGAGAUUUUUUAGAAUAUUUGACAUGUUCUAGUCAGUUCCCUAUUUGGCUUCACCAAACAAUUAGUUCGGAUGGAAAUGUUCAUAUACGUGAAACAAGGCUUAUAACCCUUGCUUAAAUUAACCAACUUGAGAAAGAUGGUAAGGUAUUGGCAACCGCUCACAGUCAUAAAUGCAUUUUGUCUUUCUGUUUUCUUACCUCGUGUGAAUCAAAAAUAAAAAGAAAUGUUUUGUAUCAAGACUGAAAAAGAAUGGUUCGUAUUUGUGAUUGUUCCUUAAGUAUUUAGAAAUCCAUAGUCAUGAGCCAUGGUUGUAAACUUGUUGGCUUGGUUAUAGAAAUGUGUUUUUAGUUAAGUACUGCAUUAGGGCCUGUUGUAUGAUUUUGUAUUCGUUAUAGUUAUACACCAAGGGUUCCCAAACAAUGAACUGAGAUAAUGUUAGCUGGUUGUUCUGCUACAGACCAUUUUGCCGUACGUUUUCUGUCUUACAUUUGAAUUUUAAGUAGUACGAACAUGGUACAGGUUUUUCGUUUUUUACUGAUGUUUGUAAAGCAGCCAUUUAUGUUCGCAUCACAAUUUAUGAACUUGGUUAUCUUGAAAGUAACUUUUUGCUCAAUUGAAAAUGUGUUAUUGACUAAUGAUUGAAUCUUAAUAUGGCUAAAAGGCUCAUUUGCUUUAUUGCAGUUGAAAAAACAAAUACAGAAAAUAUUUGGUUAUUAUGGAGGGAGUAAAAAUGUAAUGCAUUUAUUGGAUCAUAUAUUAUUUAAAUUAUAAUUAUAUUUUUAUUGCAUGGAAUAAUAACAUUAUUCUUAAGUUUAUAUAUAUCUAUAAAACAAAUAUAUGAUCUUUAUUUAUGAAUGUAUCCAUGACAUGAAUGUAGCAGUAGAUAUCAAUGUGCAUGUAUAUAGUUCUGAAACUGCUUAUAACAUGGUUCAGAAAAUAUAAUGCUUCAGGGUUACAUGAUUGAUAAACUAAACAGGAGAUGGGAUUAACUUUAGCGUUAACAUACAUUCUUACCAAAGAACUAUGCCAUACAUGUAUAUAUGUCUAAUGCAGUAGUGGCUAUUUUCAAUUUGACCUUUUCAUAGCUCAUGUUAAACAUAGUUUAAUUUAUUUCCGUGAUUUAUUACUCAUUCUUAAAUAAAUUAUUAUUCCAAUUGAUCUACUUGUUGAAAGAUAUGAGCUACAAGUUAUAUAGCAUAAUAUAUAUGAACAACCAAAUUCAAAGGAUGUCUUUCAGGACUUCAUGCUGCACAUGGAAUGCAAAAAUAGUAUUUUAUUUACAAAAAAUGCACAACGUUGCCAGAAUUAUGAUAUUAUGCUUAUUUUUAUAACACAUUGGCAGUUACAGCUUUAACACAAUUUUGUUUAUGAAAUGAUUAACAUAGCAAGAACUGGUUUAAAUUGUAAAUGCCUUACAACAAUAUUAUUGUAAGUGACACAGUCAGUUGUUUUAUGUUCGCUUAUGGUUUGUUCAGGUCUUAUUUUAAUGCAUCAUGUAUAUUUUGUAUUUAUGUGUUUUACUAUGAUUUAUUGUUGCAUACUUUGCUUUUUAGCUUUAUUUCUGUUAUUUCUGCACAAUAAAUUAUCCAAAUAAAUCUGCCAAAUAUUC